AAAUAAUAAUAUGUCGUUUUCCCAUCGUAUUAUUAUUCCUUUGCGACUGUUGCAGUCCCCGCCGCGAAUUGAGCCUCUGCCGUCGUCGACUACACAAGGCAAGAGUUCUUAUCAUGAAGAAAUGUAUGAUGCGGUGGGAUAAUGAUGAUGAUGAAGAUGACUCAUCCGAGGAAUCAUCGUCGUCUUCUGACUCAAACCCGGAUAACUCCGAGACUGGGAAGAAGAAGAAGAGAAAGAGCAAGAAGCCAAUAGCGAGGUUUGCAAAGAAAGAUAAGAAAGCAUUCGACUAUGAAUCUCUGCAACAGCAUGGUUACAAAGCCGUUGGUCUUCCAGAUAUACGUGCUCCUGUGGAGAAACAGGAUUGGUCAUGGACUACGGGAAAGGAUAAACAAAGAGUAGAGGAAGUGAAAGAGAGUUAUCAAGAACGAGAAGCUACCAGAGCUGCUGUUACAGGUGGCGAGACGAUUGAGAAUGCGCAGUUGCGUAGUGAUAGGAAGAAUCUAUCUUUCUCACAGAAGGAGAAGAAGAAGAGAGAUUUAGGACAAGCGAGUAGAGGGAAGAAUUACGUUGAAGAAGAGAAGAGGCAGUUGAGAGAGAGUGGUGUUUACUCUGGUUUUGAUUCCUAAAAAAGAUCUCUACUUUGAGGUAAUAUCUAUGUAUUUGAUAUGUAUGCGAUGAAACAAGAGCUUGGUUUCACUUAGCAUUGUUCUGAUUCCUGUUAAAGUAUGUUUGAUUUAUUUACUUCGCUUUUGAUUCCUAAGUUCUCAGUUGUAAGAUAUGUUUGAUUGCAAAGAAGAACCCGGGAGCUUGAUUUUA